UCACGUAAGCCGUCCAUCCAUUCGUCAUACAUAAACUCCCCUCUAGUCUCUCAAGUUUCCACAUCUCCAUCAAUUCGAACCUCUCCUUCACUUUGUCUAUAUUCAGUAAGUUUCCAUUUACUAAAGAAUUAAACAAAAACGAAACGAAACCAACUUCCCCAAAUAGUUGAAACCCUAGAGAUAUAGGACUUACCCACUUCAAUCCUAAUUUCUGGCUAAAUUCAAAUAAUUUCUUGUUGUUAUUUGUAGACAAGAAAUUCAGGUACUCAGAUUAUCUGUUUCUGUUAGUUUCUAUUCAUUUAGCCCCAUUCAUACUAUUUAAUUGGCAAUUGGGUUUGAAGAGUUUUCGUUUGAUAUAUUAUUCAAAUAAUCACUUAUCAGGUUCAGAUUCUAGCUAGGGUUUUGAUUUAUAUCGGUUUCUGGGUAUUGAAAAUCGUUUUAGUGGGGUUGAUCUUAUUUGAUGAUGGUACCUUUUACUUCGGCCUCUACGGCCAUUGCAAGAUUGUUAUCUCGUAAAAACGGUGUUGGAAUGUUUGUGAAAUCUGUAAAAAGUAGUAGUACAAUUGGGAGAUAUUCCCAGAUUAGACAAUUGAGUAGCAUUGCGGGUAUUGAUGUUCCAUGUGUUAGUGAUUUGGUUCAUACUGAUAAAGAUUAUAAGUAUUCAUUUCGAAACAUGAAUUAUGAUUUUCAAAAGAUUAAUCAUAUGCAAAAGAGAUGUUUUCUUGGUUGCGGAGAUGGAUCACAUGGAAAUGUCCUUUCUAAGACACAUGAGGAAAGGCGCGUCCUUGGAUAUUCCCCAGAGCAGUUAUUUGCGGUUGUGGCAGCUGUUGACUUGUAUGAAGAUUUUGUUCCGUGGUGUCAGCGAUCCAAGAUUAUUCGAAAUAACCCCGACGGAUCUUUUGAUGCUGAAUUGGAAAUUGGUUUUAAAUUCCUCAUUGAGAGCUAUGUCUCUCAUGUUGAAUUGGUUAAACCAAAGUCUAUUAAGACAACUGUGUCAGAGAGUAAUCUUUUCGAUCACUUGAUAAAUAUUUGGGAAUUCAACCCGGGACCUGUUCCCGGAACUUGUGAUCUUCAUUUCCUGGUGGACUUCAAGUUCCAGUCACCACUUUACCGGCAGGUAGCAACGGUUUUUUUCACAGAGGUGGCAACUCGACUUGUGGGUUCUUUUGUUGACCGUUGCCGUGUGAUAUAUGGACCAGGGGUGGAAGUCCUUGAAAAUUCUUACUGAGGAACCACAGGGAGAGAUGCAAGAAGUUGAGUUGUGUUGCAAACUUACAAUUUUAGAUCCCUUCAGCUGGCCGGCCCUAACACAAAGUGACCAAAGUUCCACUUUGGGCAGUAAAUUUUUAGGGGUAUCAAUUUUUCUUAUUUUAAUUUUUGUCGUUUUUAUGAUAUAUGGGAUUAAUGAUAUAACUUUUGAACAAAAAAGUCAAUUUUUUUAAUUAGUUUGUUAGUAUUUUUAGUAAUAUUAAUCUAUUGAAAGGGGUAACAAAAUAAAUUUUUUUCCUACA